UGUGUAGGAAUCACGAAAUCUUAAAAAAGAGAAAAACAAAAUGACUGAUCAUAGAUAUACAAAAAAGUUUUAAAAACAAUUAUAUCUAGCCUAAUUAUCAGACGCUCGGAGAUCGAUGUUAUUUCUCCCUUUUUAAAGCGCACGUGGUUUUGUUUAUUGCUAAAUUUAUUCUCGAUGUAGGGCUGAGCCCACGAUACCAGGUUACCAUGGCUACGUUAGCAUUUACCUUCGCCUCCGGGUAAGCCAUAUUGGUCACGAACAAGUCCAGAAAUCUAGGUGAAAUAUCAGGAUGAGCGGUCUCCCAAGAGAAAUACUUAAGUGGAUCCAAAGCUUAGACCUUUCUCAUCCAGUCAAGAAUACUAAAAGGGAUUUUUCUAAUGGCUGUUUGGUAGCUGAGAUAUUCUCGUGGUAUUAUCCGCAAGAGAUUCAAAUGCACUCGUACGACAAUGGCGCUUCUUUAGCCACCAAAAUGGGCAACUGGUCACAGCUUCAAACGUUCUUUCAGCGUCAAGGUUUUGGAAUUCCUAAGGAGGUUAUAGAUGGUACAAUCCACUGCAAACCAGGAGCAGCUGCCCUACUAGUGGAGAAAAUAUAUACCUUAUUGACAAACAGAGUGGUUAAGAAGGUGCGUACAGAUGAUGAACUAGAUUUUACGGACACAGGUUACCAAGCGCAACUACCAGCACAUGCCAGAUCAACCGCAUCAAUGGCCAUUAAGAACAACAUUGCUAAUACAGAGCUCUCCACAGAUCCAGACAGGAUAUUAUGCCAGCAGAAGGCUCAAUCUAUUAUAAACAGCCAUGUUGAACACAGACGAAAAGAAAGAUCUGAUGAUCCUCAUCGGUUUGGAAUAAAGCCCACUCUAGGAGAGUUAUGCCCCCGCAGUGCUCCAAGGCCGUCUCACCAUCUUAGCCGCAAUACUGAAGAAAACUUCCAACAGAAACAAACAUCAGAACAAGAGCUUAGCUUCUCUGGCGAGCCGCCAGCUCACUACACCGAGGUGCAAGUCAACCAGCUACCAAACGGAAGUGAUAACAUUAUGCAUUCCACACACAGUGGAGCUCUCUACAAUAUGGUUCACUGAACAAGCAGUUACAGAGAGCAAGGGGACAUACCCACAUAGAAGCAGUCUUAGCAUCUCUUACAAUAAGCUCAAAGAUAAUUGAAUAUAAAAGUGAUAUGAGCUGUGUAAAUAUUAACCUAAUAGAUCAUGUUUGCUUAUUGUAAAAAAAAAAAAUAAUUAAAUAGCACUUUAGUCAA